GUGCAACUACAAGAAAAAGGAGAAAAAAAAACAUUUCAGCUGCUCAUAUCUUAACUAAGGUAAGUUCAUUUUGCAUGUUAUUACCUGAUUAAACAUCUUCAACAGUUCAAUGAAAAUAACACUAUGCCAUUCAAUAAGGCCUGAGCCCACUAGAAACUGAGCUGGUCGUCAUCUACUUUAGACCUAACCUACAACCUGUCUAUACAGAGACGAGUCUGCAAAAGCUUUACUUGUUAAAACUGGAUGUAGCUGUCAAAUGUUUUCUUCAAGGACAUCUUUUUAAAAUCUGAUUUGGUCCAUGAAGUGGCUAUGGAGUAAUAUCUACUUUGUCAUGUGGUGUUGCUAGGCAACAUCUAAAGAGAAAGGUAAUGAGCUGGGAAGGAUGUUUAAAUUUUUAGAUUUUUUUUUUUGUAAAAUGUUACUUAUACUUGCUCCCGAGCUCAAAAAUGUAGAAUGGCACUGCAUCUUGCUACACAAUAGCCUAUUCUAUCUGAGCAUGACUGGGAACCCACAUUAAAAGCGUGAUGUGAGCGGCACAUUAAGCACUACUGAAGCGUGCAGUCAAUUCAGUCCACACAGACUGUGACCUCUGUUCAAUUGUCUCUCAUCAGAACCAGCUUUCUGUCGGAACCUGCUUUCUUCCUGAGCUGAAAAGACAACAGCUGGCCAAACUGUCUUCACCAGGCUGGCUGAAAUAGUAGAAUAAAAAUAGUUCUAAAAGUAGGCCACAUGGGGAGGAUACACGAUGCAAAUUGUAUUGUUUUUCUUUAUUGAUUCACUGAUUUAGAAGAAUUGUGAGCUCGCAGUGACCAUGGUAUAAAAGGAAAGGUUGGAGCCAACAUCUUAAAAUCACUCAGCAUUUGUUUUUUCCCACAGAACCUGGUACAAGAAGUUCCUGAUGUCAAAAUCUGGUAGAGAGAAACAUCUCACUUACUCUCUCCUCAGGAGGAGACAAGAAGCAGCAAACAACAGGAGGUUCUGCAUCAUUUGGAUCAACAGGAUGGUGAAUAAACAGGUGCAGAAGAGAAUCGAAGGCCUGCGUUCAGAAUUCCUUGUCAGGAGUGAUGCUCUGCGAGAUGAGAUGAUGACUGAGCUUCACGAGCAGCUGAAAGAGUUGGUGACGAAAGAUGCGAGAGAGAAAUCACAUUACACCAAACUGGACCGAGAGCCGAGUAUGAGAUCAAGGUUGCUAGGGAAAAUGGAGGAACACAAGAAGAAUGCUAAGGAGAAUGACAGUGAAACAAAAUUGGUGCACCUGGACACACCAAGCCACAACUCUUCUGAAAAAACCUCUGAUACACACAAACCACUAAAAUGUGAGCGAGAGGAAAUCUUAAAGAUUUUGUUAGAAAUCUUCUGUGAUGGUGAAACCAACAGUGUCCACAAUGAUGCUGACACCAGUUCACGACCAGCCAAUUGUGAGCCAGGAGAAAUCGUAAAGAUUUUGUUAGAUGUCUUCUGUGAUGAUGAUACCAGCAGUAAGGCCAGUGAUGCUGACACCAGUUCACGAAAAGUUAUAUUUGGGCAAGAAGAAAACCAAGGGAAUUCAUCAGAUGUCUCCAUUGUUGCUAACACCAGCCAGUUGAGGGAGGACUUAGAGGAGGAAGAAAGAUCAAGGACCCAGGAACUAAGAUUUGAGGCAGAAAAUGUCAAAAUGGAUACAAAAAAAGAGGAGCAGGUUUCACUGAUGGAGAGGCAGUGGAAAGAAUGGAUGGACAAACAGGAAAUGAGAGGAAACGGUAACAAAAUAAGGCUGCAAGUUGACCAACAGAAAACUGAAAAACAGGAAGGGGCAGCAACUCCUGCACCAAAGAAACAAACUGAACAAAACGUACAAAGAGGACACAAUGUGAUGAAAAUUAAGGCAUAUUUCAGUGACCUUCUAAAAAAUCCUUUUCCAUCUUAUAAGUGGGAGAGAUUAGACGAUGAGGACUAACGAACUCAGCUCAACAAAAUAUUUUUCAUUCAUCUUUGUGCCAUGCUUUAUAAAGCAGUUGAAUAUUACUGUGUUAUAAUCA